CUCGCUCUCUUUCUCUCUCUAUUUCCCUCCGCCCCAGCAAAUCCCAACCGUCUCCUCUCUCUCUACAACUCAAGGGCAGCGACUGAAUAUAGAUAUAAAAAACAAGAGAAAAAAACCCACGAAGCCGAGAAAUUAAAAUCACAGAUUUUGUUCUAUUUUCUCCUCUCUCUCUCUCUCUCUCUCUCUCUCUCUCUUUCUCGCUCUAAAAUUUCCGUUAUCUUUCUCUCAGAUAAAAUACAGCGCCAGCCAACGCGAGAAACGCACCCGCCUCCUCUCUCUCUCUCUCUCCCUCUCUCUCUCUCUGAAAAAACGAGGGUUAGGGUUUUUCCCCCUUCGAUCGCUUCUUUAACUCUUUUAGGGUUUCUAUAUUUGGGUUUUGCGCGAAUUUUUGGAUCUCUGCCGUGAUGGACGCAUCCUAGUGGCUCUCUCUUUCUCUAGGGUUUGGGUUGAUUAUGAUGGCCUGUUGAGGGGCCGCCGCCUGAUUUUCUUCGGGUUCGGCUGUGGAUUCGUAGACCCAAUUGAACGCUAAUUUUGUCGAUUGAUUUUUGGACCCAGUUGGGGAUUCUUCCGAAAACUUUCGCAGGGUUUCGUAAAGACUCAGGCAGAAGCUGUUGGAGUUUGCCCCCCCCCCUCCCCCCCCCCGCUCUCACUUUCUUGAUCUUGGAAUCUUCUCGGGUUCCGGGUUUUUCUAUUUGUACAGAAUUAAUGGGCAUCGAGUUAUUUACAAGGGAGAGGAGUAGAUUUGAGGCAGUUCUUUAAGUGGGGUUUCUCUUCUUUUUGUUGAAUGGAUGAUGCUUUUCUGUGCUUGUUAUGGAUCGAGGUGAGCCGACUUUAGCUCCACAGUGGUUGAAAGCAGCAGGGUCUUCUUCCCAUUCAGAUGAACAUAAUACCGGGUCUUUAUCAAGAAACAGACUGUCAGUGAGUGUUUGCGAUUAUGAUGCUCCCCGUGCAUCAUCAUCAUCAUCCUUCCGGAGGAGUGUCAGCAAUAAUGGCUCUGUAAGCCAUGACAAGGAUAGUUCUACACUGACACGUGGUUAUAGUAGUUUUGGUAGGAGUCAUCAUGAAAGGGAUAGAUAUAGAGAUAGACAAAGGAAUCGAGAUAGGGAUAGUUUAUUAGAUAAUGGUUACUAUGACUACACUGAUUCGUUAAUGCUGCGAAGGGCUGAGGACACUUUGAGGCGAUCUCAGUCCAUGGUAUCAGGACGGAGGGUUGAGUCGUUGCCCAAAAGUCCAGGGUUUGGUUCAGGCAAUGGAAUUCUUUCCACGGGAAGUUUAAGUGGUGGGUUUAGUAAGGUUUCCUUUGAGAGAGACUUCCCAUCGCUUGGUGCUGAAGAGAAGCAGGGAGUUUUUGAUGUUGGUCGGGUUUCUUCUCCUACCAUCAGCACGGCCAUUAACAACCUUCCUAUAGGCAUUUCAGCUGUUAUGGGUGUUGAUGGCUGGACAUCAGCUUUGGUAGAAGCACCUGCUGCAGGCGUAGGCAAUGGAGACACAAAUUCAUCUUCCCUGCAGACUACUGCAGGUAUGGCAUUUACUGGGUCCGGCACUGCGACAGGCUUAAGCAUGGCUGAAACAUUAGCUCAGGCACCUGCUAGGGCUCGUACUGCACCCCAGUUAUCCAAUGAGGAUGAAAAGCUCAAGGAACUGGCUCUUAUGCAAUACAACAAGCUGAUACCAGUUGUCAAUGCUUCAGAGAAAUCAAAGGCCAAAGGAGCAAGAAACGGUGAGCUUGUUGCUCUCAAGGCUGGGAAUUUUCAAGUCCUCAAUCGAGAGAAGAAUGGCACCUCUACUACUCUCAAAGAUGGACCGCCAGUAACUAUGACCAGCAAACUGGCAACAUCAGUUGGUGGUCUUUCCUCAGUAUCACUUCCUCAACUGAAGUCAAUGCCAGUCAGUGCAAAAAUCAAAGCUAAUGGUUUAGGAGGCGAGAAGAAACCUCUUUUGUCACAGGACAGAAACAACUUCUUUAAUUCCCUCCGAAAGCAAGCAGAAAAGAAAAACUGUAUAUUGCAUCAUCAUUCUGAUUCUGAAGUGAGCUCUGCCAUGUCAUCAUCUUCAUCUGAGUCAACAAUGUCUAGUUCAGUGAUGAAGUCAAAUGAGCAGAUAUUUGGAGUUUGUGCAGCUUCUGCCUGUGAGGAAAAGAACCUUCUUGCUACUUCAGAUUCUGGUUUAGAGCCUUCAGUGGCUGAGAAUGGCAAUGAGAACGUGUGCAAUGAAGAACCUGAAGCCUUAGUUGCUCCGGAUGAGGAAGAAAAAGCUUUCUUGGAGUCACUUGGAUGGAGCGAAAAUGCUGGGGAGGAUGCCUUAACAGCUGAGGAGAUUGAGUCUUUUGUCAAGAAGCAUGAGGAGAAACUGGGACCAGUUUUCAAGUACAGGGGGGGUCUUCCAGGUCUCGCCUUGACAAGAUGGCAGCGAGUCUCAGCAAGAUGGCAGUGA